ACUUACAGAAUUUGGAUGGCUUUAUAAACGUGUCAAUGAGUUCGUGACGUUAAAUGUAAAUGAUCCUUCUAUUGGACUGGUUGGUCAGGCCUUCUGUUCUGCCUUACAACGUGAAUUGACUGAAUAUUAUAGAUCCAUUGCUGUUUUGGAAGCUCAAGUUACCAAACAAGUUGAAGGCGAACAAGUUUCUUCGCAAGGACUUACUUUAAAACGUCUACUGGUAUGGACGCAAGAUUCGCUUUUGAAAUUACGAAUCAUGUCAGUUCUUGUUGAUUGUUGUAAAAAGCAAAGAGGUGGAGCAUUAGUGUCGACAAUUUAUCAUUACACGAAUCAUGGAGACCCUUUCAUUCAGCAAUUUAUUAACAAUACACUUGAAGAGGUAUCGCGUCCAUUCUUUGAAAUGCUGCAGCGUUGGAUAUAUGAGGGUGAAUUGGAGGAUCCCUUUGAAGAGUUUUUCGUUGCUUGUGAUCCUAAUGUUUUAGAAGAGCAAUUGUGGCAACUAAAAUAUUUGAAUCGUGUAAAAAUGCAACCAACAUUUAUUAGUACUUUACUUGCAAAAAAAAUAUUUUCUAUAGGAAAGUCACUUAACUUUAUUCGUUAUAGCUGUCACGACAGUGAUUGGGUCGUUACCAAUGGGAAAGUAACUGGUGCUGAUAAAUUGUUAAAGUACGGCGAUAUUAUAGCGCUUGAAAGUUCGAUUGACGCCACAUAUACUGCUACAAGUCAAAGACUGUUGAGUAUUCUAUUCACUAAAUUUAAACUUAAAGAACAUUUGACUGCCUUGAAACGAUAUUUAUUACUUGGUCAAGGUGAUUUUAUACAACAUUUAAUGGCUCAACUAGGAUCUGGCCUUUCAAAACCCGCGAAUACUCUUUAUCGCCAUAACCUUACUGGCACAUUGGAAGCCGCUAUUCGUGCAUCUAACGCUCAAUAUGAUGACCCGGAUAUUCUGCGAAGGUUGGAUGUUAGGCUUCUUGAGGUUUCCCCCGGUGAUAUCG